AUCUUCUCUGUAUCGUUCCAAUUUUAUUAACAUUGCGGUGGCACUUCAUUCCAGUAUUUAGAUCGAUGUUCACACAUCUUUAGGAUCCCAGGAUCUGCUCAUCAACGAAGACAUUGAUUCACGCUGGGCGGCUUUCAACCUAUUGUGAUUUUGAGUUGCGCAAGAGAUGGGGGAGACAAAUAUGGAGGGACCUGUUGCGAUUUUGAGGAGCUGGUCUGUGCAUACUGUUGCAGCAGUAGUCUUCGUGUACGUCCUGCUGAAGGUUUUCACGAGAGUUAGACACAAGUCCGGGAGACGACCUCCUGGACCUCCAUCUUUGCCAUUGAUCGGCCAUCUCUAUCACCUUACACAGGGGUUGCCUCACCACACCCUGGCCAAGAUGGCUGAAAAAUAUGGAUCCAUAAUGUGGCUUGACGUCGGAGCUUUAAGUGUUGUGGUUGUAUCUUCCCCGGAUAUGGCCAGGGAGAUUCUGAAAACUCAAGAUCACAUAUUUGCUUCCCGCCCCUCGGGUCUAACUAUAGAAUAUCUUUUUGGGCAAGGUCAGGAUCUAUUGUUUUGUCCUUUGAAUGACCACCUUCGUCGAGUCCGGAAAGUGUUUUCCUCACAACUACUUUCGCAACAACGGAUCGAUUCAUUUAAGGAUUUGAGGCGAGAUAUGCUCUUCAAAACGAUGGCAAAAGCAUUCGAGGAGGGUCAUGCGAAUCGUUACAUAAAUUUUUCCGAUGUAAUGCACGAACUGUUUAUAACCACGACGACCGCAAUGGUGUUUCGAAGGGGUGCAGGUGCUCACAUUCAGGACUUUACUGAAAUAUUAAUGGAGAUGUCAAAUUCGGAAUGGUUCUCCAUAGGAGAUAUCUUCCCUUUGCUGAAGCCGCUAGAUCUGGAUGGACAAGUUAAAAGGCUGAAAAUGGCAGGCGAAAAAUCUUCGAAACUUAUGGAUUCCAUCAUUGACAACCGCCUGAAGGAAAAGACCAAAUCCAUGUCGUAUGAGGAAGAGGACUUCUUGGACGUGCUGCUGACUACGAGCGGUUUUACACGUGAUCAAGUCAAAUUUCUUAUUAUGGACAUCGUUCCGGCUGGAGGUGACACUACUUCUGGGACGGUUGUGUGGGGUAUGACUGAGCUUCUGCGGCAUCCCAACAUUAUGGAAAGACUUCAGAGUGAGCUCGACGAUGUGAUCGGUAAAGAAAGGAUGGUUGAAGAAGCAGACCUCCGGAAUCUCGAGUACCUGCAGGCAGUGGUGAAGGAAACACUACGGCUGCACCCACCCGCUAUGCUGGGAGUUCCUCACUCGUCGACCGAAGCAACAAAAGUAGCAGGAUACGAUAUCCCCGCCAACACAUGGGUUAUUGUGAACAUUCAUGCCAUUAGUACAGAUCCCAAGGUUUGGGAAAAUCCUUUGAAGUUUGAUCCUUCAAGAUUCUUAAACAGCCGUAUAGAUGUGAGAGGGCAGCAUUAUGAGAUUCUGCCCUUCAGUUCUGGGCGAAGGCUGUGUCCAGGCAUGAAUCUGGCGCUCGUCUCUGUGGCCUACACCCUCGCCCAGCUGGUUCAUGCUUGUUCAAUCUCACUGCCCGAAGGCCUGACUCCCCUGGACGUAGAUGUUGAAGAGACGUUCGGUCUCACGGUAGGGAAGCGGAAUCCUUUGAAUCUACUCUUAACGAGGCGACUGCCUUCGGAUGUCUACCACAAGGCAGGAUUGAAUGGUAUUGGCCAGUCAAGAAUUCCUGUUGAUACUUGAGUCUGAGACUUUCUUUUGAAGCCAGCACUUGAUGUGUGUGUAUCUUCUCCCUCCAAUGAUCCUAACCUUGUCAGCGGAUCAGGUAUCUGUAACAACCUCAGUCUAGCAAGUAUUUGCUCUCCGGAAUACUUCAUGCACAUCUUUGAGUGAUCAGAGAAGGGUUAAGUUCAUGAUAUAUAGCACCAUUGUAGAAAAUGUUAAUAAUAUGUAUCAUUAAAAAAUAUUAAAUAAGUUUGUGUUGUAAG